CAUGAGUCCUUACAAGGCGCCAGCUAUGUUUAAUCUUCUACAGUAUACUGAAAUUGCCGAAGGGAUUUUUUACGUCCGCGGUGGUUUCCAUAAAGUUAUUGAAGCAUUGGAAAAUAUCGCAACGAAAAAAUUUAACGCAAUCUUUCACUAUAAUAAAAUCAUUAAAAAAAUUAUUGUAGACGAACAAAAUGUUGCAAAAGGUGUUGAAUUUGAAGACGGCAGUAAAAAGUAUGCAGAUAUUGUUGUAUGCAAUGCAGAUUUGGUAUAUGCAUAUAAUCACCUUUUACCUCCCACAAAGUAUGGAAAGGAAUUGGGUGAAAAAGCAGCGUUGACAUCGUCAUCGAUCUCAUUUUAUUGGGGACUAUCGCGAAAAGUUCCUGAACUAGAUGUGCAUAACAUUUUUCUGGCCAAUGAUUAUAAAUCCAGUUUUGAUAGCAUUUUUCAACAACAAGUUCUCUCCAACGAUCCAUUCUUUUAUGUAAAUGUACCGUCUCGAAUUGAUGAGAGUGCAGCGCCCAAGGGAAAAGAUACAGUUGUGCUACUGUUGCCGAUCAGUCACAUUUCCAGCAAUAAUAAAGAUUGUAUGGAUGAGUGGGUUAAAAGGGCACGUAAACGUGUUAUCGAAAUCCUUGAAGAACGUCUGGGACUAAAUAAUUUUGAAUCGCUCAUCGAAACUGAAAUUAUAAAUGAUCCAAGGAGUUGGGAAUCAAAAUUCAAGUUGUGGAAAGGAUCCAUUCUAGGUCUCUCGCACAACAUCAGUCAAGUGCUACAUUUGCGGCCGAAAACACGAAGCCAACUGUUUAAGAAUCUAUACUUUGUCGGCGCAUCAGCGCAUCCAGGUACUGGCGUACCAAUCGUGUUAUGCGGGGCAAAACUUGCGCAACAACAAAUUCUCAAAGACUACAAGCAUAUCAAUCGUGGCCACGAAGACAUUAUUUCUCAGAAUAUUCUAUUUGGAUUUAUAUUAAUUGCAUCAUGCGUUUUACUUCUAAUUUUAGUAUAA